GCGAGAGGGCGGCGGGCGGGCCUUGCCUUCCUGCUGCCUGGCUGCUGCUGCUGCUGGGGCUGGGGCUGGUUCUCUUCUUCCUCCGGGAGCGAUGGGGAGGCAUCAGCAUCCUCCUCCUCCUCCUCGUCGCCGUCCCCGUCCGGAGCCCCCUUCGCGGCUGGCGCUGCUGGCGCUGCUGGCGCUGGCCUCGGGCUCGGCGCUGCUGCUGGCCUCGCUCAGCCUCCUCUUGGCCGCCUGGCCCCGAGCCUCCUCCGCCUCCUCCGCCUCCGCCCGGCCCCUGCUGCAGCCCCGACCCGACGGGGCCCUCCUCCUCGGACCCGGGCACCAGGAGCUGCUAUCCGAGGAAGAAGCAGAGGAACUGGGCCCGGUGGCGCUCUCUACUGGCUGGAACAGCCAAGGCAAGUUCCUGCACCAUCUUGCCCAGCAGGGGGCGCUUCGGCAGCGAAGGCAGGCAGCUGGCAAAGGGAAGCGCUCCAGAUCUCGCCGAACCAGCACCGUCUCUGCUGCGCACUACGAAGUACAAAGCACAGAGGGACGAGCUGGGAUCCAGGCAGAUGCAAAUGGGACCAUCCAUGGGUGGGCAGAAGCCAAACUCAACACGACAAGCCCCCUGCGUUAUGACCGGAACCGACGGGAGUUCACCGUGGUCAAGAGGGGGCUCUAUUACCUGUAUUGUCAGGUACAUUUCAACGAAGGGAAGACCAUCUAUAUGAAGCUGGAUGUGAUGCUUGAUGGGGAGCUAGCCUUGCGAUGCUUGGAACAGUUCCCCCCGACCAGCUCUGGACCCCAGGAGCCUGAACUGAAGGUGUGCCAAGUGUCUGGCCUGGUCCUGCUCACGCCCGGAGAGUCCAUCCGGCUCCGGACAAUCCCCAAGGUCCGGCUGAAGGCCGAACGCUACCUCACCUACUUUGGUCUUUUCCAAGUUCAAAGAAUCAUAGAAAGGGAGGACGGGAUGCCAAGAGGUCAUUUAAGCCAAAUCCCUGCCAAUGCAGCAUUUGGCACCUACAAGACCAUGUUAGGUCCAGCUGCGCCUGCACCUCCAUCUCCACCGUCUUCUCCUCCAGGUUUUAUGGCUAAUUUUUGGCGGUCCAUUCAAGCACCUUCUUUCUUGCAUGCCACUUGGGUGGUAGGAGUAGCCCUGGGAAUGGCCUGCCUGCUCACACUGGUCAGCAUCCAGUGCCAGCUGGCCAUGUUGCGAGGAGAGCUGGCGCAGCUGCAAGGAAAACUGGUGGCCAAGACGGGAGAACAGAGGAACUCGCUACUACAACAGAGGCCUGGCGAUUUUCUGGGGCCCCCUGUUUUGAAAUUUAAGUCCCCUGCCCCCCUGGAAAGAAGGAAAAGGGAGGUGACAAGGACGUCGCACGAACAACAACGCCAAUGCAGAAAGCAGUCUGUCCUCCAUUUGACUCCUGCCCGUCAUUCAAGUAAUUAUGAGGAGAGCGAGACAGAAAUCUGGUGGGAACCCUUCCUCCAACAAGGCCGGUCCCUGGAACUGAGCGGCACGGAAGUUGUGGUGAAGCACACGGGGCUUUACUUUGUUUACAGUCAGGUCUUGUUCCAUGACCCCGCUUUUACAAUGGGGCAGGUGUUGCGGAGGCUGGCUGUGGGGCGGCCAGAUCAAAUCUUGUUCCGCUGUGUCCAAAGCAUGCCUGCGCACCCAGGAAAAGCGUACAACAGUUGCUACAGUGGAGGGAUCUUCCACUUGCAGCAUGGAGACCGCUUGACCCUGCGCAUCCCACGAUUCAAUGCCACUUUUGAUGCCAGUGCCCACGGGACAUUCUUGGGGCUGCUGGGCUUAUAGGGCCUGCCUGCUGGGUCUCUCCAAAUACGAAUGACGUUGGGGCCAUAAUGUUAGAGCAGGGCUGAGGAUACCGCUGGAAAACGGAGACCCAGUUCCUGAAAGGACAUCAACGGAAGAACUGAAGUGCAGUUUCUCCCAAGUAUUUUUGUGUGGAACUGAUGGAACUGAGAUGGAACCACGAUAAGUGGAAGAUGAGGUCCGGAAUCUGUAUGUUGCUGUAUAGGGGAGCCUAGAUUUUCAACAGAAAACAACACAAAGCUUUGGACUCCACAGGGAUCUCUUAUCCACGUUUUUCAAGAUCUUAGCAUAAUUUCUUAUGCAUAAGCAGUCUUUUUCUGCAAGUGAGCAUAAGAGACUCAGCUUGAUCUUUGUAUUCAACAAGAACACCACAUUUCAAAUGAGCUGAUUCUCCUCCUGUCUGCUGUCCUUACUGUCCAGCUUUUGCAACCAUUCAUCGAGACUGGAAUUCCAUUUCCCAACCACUGCACUUGCCCACCUCAGUAUAAAAGGUGCCUAUUCUUCAGCCUUUUCUACCAGAGAGAUUGUCUGCGAUCUGAAUCAAUGGAUCGAUUUGACAACGGAGCGUGGUUCACUCUACAUAUGCCUCGAUUGCAUUUCCCCCCUGUAACAUAACCCACUUGUGGUUCACAUUCAUGAAUGAAUUGAUUCAAAAUGGACCAGCUCCAGCCGGCCAAAGGGCAAAUUUAAAUCAAUUUCGAUCU